GAGGGGGGUAUUGUUCGGUUUCGAUCAUAAACCGUACCCGACCUAUCGCGGAUAAAAUGCGCCGUUGGCGGUAAUGCGCCCACCUUCUCCAUCCUCGAGUGAAAAAUAUCACUCUGUGCCGCUGCCUCGCUUCUCUGCUAAUCAUAUCUUCAAUAACCCAUCAUCUAAACCUCAACUCACUGGCUCACUCAAAAUUCCUUAAAACCCAGUAAGCGAAAAAAAAAAAGAAAAAAGCUGAAUUUGUGCCUCUAUAAUUCAGAGUCGUCAAUUCGGGUCUCGAAUUCCCAGGCCCGCCUUCUCGAAUGAGCUCGAACUCAGGAGAAGAGUAUGGAUCCUCCAUUGAUAAAUGACACCUCCUCAUCUGCAGCCAAUAUAUCUUCUUACACUUUGGCGGAGAUUUGGCAGUUUCCGGCUAUUAAUGGAGAUGCGGCCGUUGGUGGGUUGGGACUCCGAAUGGGGAAUUUGGGUGGAAGGUCUGGGGAACGAGAUGGGUCGGUGGAGGAAUCGACGGUGACGGAGCAGAGUAUUGGUGGAGGCGGUGGGAAUGGAAGGAAGAGGAGAGAUUUGAGCUCGGAGGAUGAAUCAUCUAAGAUGGUUUCGACUACAAGCAGUGGCAAUGAAUUGAAUAAUUCAAAUGGUAAGCGGAUGAAAGUAUCAGGAUCCAGAAAUGAGCAUGUUAAUUCAAAUGUUGAAAUAGAAGCAAGUUCUGUUGCCAAGGACAAGCCGGCUGAUCAAAACAGUAAACCAUCUGAGCUGCCUAAGCAAGACUACAUUCACGUGAGAGCAAGAAGGGGUCAAGCAACUGAUAGCCACAGUCUAGCAGAGAGAGCUAGGAGAGCAAAGAUAAGUGAGAGGAUGAAGAUACUCCAGGAUUUGGUCCCUGGGUGUAAUAAGGUUAUUGGUAAAGCACUUGUUCUUGAUGAGAUAAUCAACUACAUCCUGUCAUUGCAGCAGCAGGUUGAGUUCCUGUCAAUGAAGCUAGAAGCAGUUAAUUCAAGAAUGAACAUGAACCCCACAAUUGAAGGUUUUCACGUAAAAGAUCUUGGCGCACAGCCGCUCGAUGCUACCGGAAUGAUGUUUGGGCCUCAAGCAGCGAGAGAUUAUGCUUAAGCAUAUCCUAACCAGAAUGGUUGAAUAUGCAGAUAGGCAGAAGUUGUGAAUGGACAACUCAAUCAACUAGCAAGUUUUCUUCUUUUUCUUUCCUUUAAGAUAACUUGAAUAGGUUUCUGCAUCCACUGCACAAAUAUGUUUCCUACGCAAGUGACUCUGAUUGAAGUUCUAAUCUCACUUCAUUUGUAGAAAUUGCAUCUGAUCUUUAUAUAUAUGUAGUGUAUCGUUUGACUA